AUCAAAUUUUUUUUCCCUUGGCGAUGGUGUCUUCAAACCCAAUUUUCAAACAUCAAGCACUACAACUUUUGGAAAAAUGCAACACGGUGCACUCAUUCAAGCAAGUUCAUGCCCAAGCCAUUACAAAUGCUCUUGUUAUUCACACGUACCCUCUUAGUAGACUGCUUCUUUUAUCCUCCACCUUAGCUUUCUCCUAUGCUCUCUCCAUCUUUAACCAAAUUCCCAAUCCAACAGUUUUCCUUUACAACACCUUCAUUUCCUCCUCAACCCACAACGCAAGUCUAGCCCUUUUUGUCUACAACAAAAUUCUAACCCACCAAGACCACACUCUUAAACCCAAUGUUUUCACUUACCCAUCUCUUUUCAAAGCAUGUGGCUUCCCUCCAUGGCUCAACCAUGGUCGAGCCCUUCAUGCCCAUGUCCUCAAAUUCCUUCAACCCCCUUAUGACCACUUUGUGCAGGCCUCCUUGAUCAAUUUCUAUGCCAAUAGUGGAAAACUAGGAGUGGCCAGGUACCUCUUCAGUCAAAUUAGUAAACCUGAUUUACCCACUUGGAAUUCUAUAUUAGGUGCUUAUGCACGUUGCCCAACUUCUACUGCUUCUUCUCUUGGUGCCAUUUACAGUGGAGAUUCAGAUUCUAACCGGUGUAUAGAGGUUUUAUGGCUGUUUAAAGAGAUGCAAAAAUCUCCAGUUAAGCCUAACGAACUAACCCUUGUGGCUGUAAUCAGCGCUUGUGCUAAUUUAGGUGCUUUUAGCCAGGGUGCUUGGGCUCAUGCUUAUGUUACGAAGUGCAAUCUCAAGUUGAAUCGUUUUGUUGGUACUGGUUUAAUUGACAUGUAUUCGAAAUGUGGGUUUAUUGAUUUUGCUUACCAAUUGUUUGAGAAAAUGCCCCAAAAGGACACGUUGUGUUACAAUGCAAUGAUUGGUGGGUUUGGCAUGCAUGGUUAUGGUUAUAAAGCACUCCAUCUUUACGAGAAGAUGAAAAGUGAAGGGUUUGUCCCUGACGAUAUUACAUUUGUGGUAGUAAUGCGUGCUUGCUCGCAUGUUGGGCUACUUGAGGAUGGCUGCCGGAUAUUUGAGUCCAUUAAAGAGUAUUAUCGGAUUGAACCAAAGCAAGAACACUAUGGUUGCCUUGUGGAUCUGCUGGGUCGAGCAGGACGGCUUAAGGAGGCGGAGGAAGAGAUUAGGAAAAUGCCAAUGCAGCCCAAUGCAGUGUUAUGGAGGUCUUUGUUGGGGGCAGCCAGGGUUCAUGGCAAUUUAGAGAUAGGUGAAAUGGCAUUGAAGCAUCUGCUAAGAUUGGAGCCAGAGACGAGUGGGAAUUAUGUGCUUCUAUCUAAUAUAUAUGCAAGUAUUCACAGGUGGGGAGAUGUGAAGAGAAUAAGGAAAUUAAUGAAAGAUCAGGGGGUCGAUAAAAUGCCUGGAAGUAGCUUGGUUGAGGUUAAUGGUAUCAUGCAUGAGUUUUUCACCGGAGAUAGAACACAUCCAUACACAAAAGAGAUUUAUGGAAAGCUUGAGGAGAUCAAUACAAGAUUGCAAGAAUAUGGUCACAAGCCAAGAACCAAACAAGUGUUGUUUGACAUAGAAGAGGAGGAAAAAGAAGAUGCUCUUUCUUAUCAUAGUGAAAGGCUAGCCAUUGCCUUUGCUUUUGUGGUUUCUAAUUCGAAUCUCCCUAUUCGGAUUAUAAAAAACCUUCGGGUUUGUGUGGAUUGUCAUGCAAUUACUAAGCUUCUUUCCACCAUAUAUAGAAGAGAAAUAGUUGUAAGAGAUCGAAAUAGGUUUCAUCAUUUCAAAGGUGGAACUUGCUCUUGUGUUGAUUAUUGGUGAUGCAUCCUUGCUUGUAAUUGAAAAGCUAGCAAAAGAAAAAAGUAAAUGUGGGAAGAUUCAUUUUUGUCAUAAAUUGAUCCUAAAUAUUGUAA